AUGGCAUUGGAGAAUUUCUACGUGUAUUUUCAAAUAACCAACAGCAGCAACAACAACAGCAACAAAAAGAACAACAAGAACAAAAAGAAGAACAACAAGUACAAAAAGAACAACAAGAACGACAAGAACAACAAGAACGACAACAACAACAAGAACGCCAAGAACGACAAGAACAACAACAUCAACAAGAACGACAAGAACAACAAGAACGACAAAAACAACAAGAACGACAAAAAGAACAAGAACGACAAGAACAACAAGAACGACAAAAAGAACAAGAACGACAAAAAGAACAAGAACGACAAAAAGAACAAGAACGACAAAAAGAACAACAACGACAAAAAGAACAACAACGACAAAAAGAACAACAACGACAAAAAGAACAACAACGACAAAAAGAACAACAACGACAAAAAGAACAACAACGACAAAAAGAACAACAACGACAAAAAGAACAACAACGACAAAAAGAACAACAACGACAAAAAGAACAACAACGACAAAAAGAACAACAACGACAAAAAGAACAACAACGACAAAAAGAACAACAACGACAAAAAGAACAACAACGACAAAAAGAACAACAACGACAAAAAGAACAACAACGACAAAAAGAACAACAACGACAAAAAGAACAACAACGACAAAAAGAACAACAACGACAAAAAGAACAACAACGACAAAAAGAACAACAACGACAAAAAGAACAACAACGACAAAAAGAACAACAACGACAAAAAGAACAACAACGACAAAAAGAACAACAACGACAAAAAGAACAACAACGACAAAAAGAACAACAACGACAAAAAGAACAACAACGACAAAAAGAACAACAACGACAAAAAGAACAACAACGACAAAAAGAACAACAACGACAAAAAGAACAACAACGACAAAAAGAACAACAACGACAAAAAGAACAACAANCAAUACGAAGAAAUAGGCGAAAGACUUUUAGAUACACCCACAAUGGAACAAAUAUUCCAAGAAAUUGACAUAGCUCAAACACCACCACAAAAUCACGCAGAAACACAACAUACCGCUGACGAAAACCCCAUACAAACUAAAGACAAAUUCACAUCAAAAACUAAACCAAUAUUUAAAGAAACACAAAUUAUAUCUGACAAAGACCAUUUGGUAACAACAAAAGCAGGCACAUAUCAUAAAAAUUUAAUAAAGAAACCUAGAAAGAUACUAAAAGAAUCUUCUCCACCGCAGGUUACUGACGAUGACGACUUUGAAGACUACCUUACUACUUACCGCAUUCAGCUUGCCCCUGAAGAGAGCCAGGCGAGUAACCCUAGGUUCCAGACAAUAACAAACCCUAUUCUACCCAUUCAACUAGGACCCACCAUUUAG